UUUUGCACCACCCUAAUGUACAUAUACAUACAUAUGUAUUUAUGUUGGAAAUGUCGCUGGUUCUUUUAGGAAAAACAGUAAUAUUUGUUACUUGUGCAUUCGUAUGCAACGGUUGACAUUCUUAAAAUUGCAAGUCACAUAUUGUACAUACAUAUCUACAUAUGUACAUUAUAUGUAAAAUCAUGAGGCAUGAAAUGAAUGUCUAUAACGCACCCACAAAGAACAAAAAUAAAAGAGACGAUUGUAUGCACUAAAUUGAAACUCUUAGCUCAAUGUAAUCUUUAUGCACGCGAAUGAAAAUUUCUUUCAGUUCUUCGACAGCUUUGGACGCACCAAAAUGUUAGCUUUACACUUGCGUGCUUUAUUGUUUAUAAUUUCAAUUAGACUUCAAGACCAUCAAGUAGCGUUAGCAAACAACACUGAGGCCAAGAAACCCAAUCAGCACCCCUCUAACGAAGAUAUGACAACACCUAGUCCAGAAUGGCUACAAUAUCAACGUGAACGCUUUGGCAACACAAAAGAUAUAGAAAGUUUGAAGAAAUUGCUUGAUCCAGCUUCGCAACUGCUAAAAAACAAAGCCGGCAUAAUAGAUCCAACCUCGACACCUUUAAAACCGAGCGAGAUGUCAGCAGCAAUGGCAACACAACCGCUUAAAAGUCAUGGUAAGGCUGCUGGUGAGAAAGUUUCAAAUGGUGAUGAACCAAAGGACACAGAAGAGAUCAGCCAUGAUGAGGAGGACGAAGGGGAAGCAGAUGAUAUGAGAUCUAAAGAGGGCAAUACAAAUAUUUUUCCACAUGUCAUUACUGGCAUACAAUACCCAUCAAUGCAAGGAUUUCUUAAUUUUAUAAGAACUGUGCAGCGUAACUGGGUUAGGCAAUCAAGAUUGACGAUCGAACAAAAGAUUAAUAAAUUGAAAGGAUUGAAAAAUAAAAUUAUGCGCAUGAUUGAGGAUCAGUUCCAUAUGAUUUGGACGCCAAAAGUGCAUAUGCGGCGCAAACGUGGUUUAUUGGAUGAAUCCAACCUCAAUUUUCCGCCGGAGGCAGCCUUAAUUAGCAUUAACUUUUUAACGUUUGCAGUGUUUUUAAUUAAACUGGUGCUACAAGUGGUGCACAUUGUAAAAAGUAAACACUACACCCUAAGUGGAUUUGGUUUUACUAAUACCGAUACCAUGACAAAAUCUACAUAAAUUUUAAAUAAAUAUGGCUUAAUAGAGGGUUAAGGUC